GUCACCGGUAACAUCGGUCUACAUUAUCCAGGCUUUAAGUAGGUCAUACUGGUUAGAAAAGUCAGUACAUAAUUACAUCAACAUUGGACAUAUAAAAUGGCGGAUUACACCAUCAGACCAGCUGUACAGGGUGAUUGUGAGGAGAUCCUUCGGCUGAUACAGGAGUUAGCAGAAUUCGAAAAAAUGCCGGAACAAGUGAAGAUGACAGUGGGGACACUAAGAAGAGACGGAUUCGGCGAGCAGAAUUUUUUCCGUUGUCUCGUUGUUGAGGAUAAAACUACAACAGCUGUGGAAGGUAAGGCUAUCCUGUGGGGGUAUGCCUUAUAUUACUACGCCUACUCUACAUGGGAGGGACGUGUUAUGUACCUCGAGGACCUGUACAUGUCACCAACCUACAGGGGGCGGGGCAUCGGUACAAAGCUCUUCAAUGCUGUUGCGCAGAUAGGUGUAGAACAGGACUGUCAGCGGAUGCAAUGGGUGGUUCUGAGUUGGAACAAACCGUCUAUAGAAUUCUACAAGGCACGCGGAGCGUGGGAUGUCACUGCGAAGGAGAACUGGAAUAUAUUCAGGAUGGACCGACCGGAGUUAGAACAAAUGAUAAAAACAGACUGAUCUGUCGACCGUAAUGAUUGGACACGAAUCAUUGAACGCUACCACCUAGAUAUUAUAUGGCUUCCUCUGAGAGGAGCGUCAUUUUAACUAUUAAUUAAUACAAGGCGUGAAAAUAAUCAGAUCAUUUUUAGCAACUACUGUACAUUAUUGUAUUUGUAGUGUAAUAACAGAGUAGAAUGUAUAUAUAGAGUGUCAUAUUCAUUAUCAAAUAAAACAAAAUCGCGUGA